AUGGCAGAUAAAAGUCCACAAUUCGAUUCAUCUUUAGGAAGCGAUGUCGUGAGUCCUGACAACUUGAAUUUACUAUCGGAUGAUGAUCUGCUCACUGACUCCGACGAGCUGGCGGAUCCUGCAUUGAAAGCACAUGUCAAGGAGAUGGAAGACGAGGUAGAGAAACUGAAACAGCUGCAAUCAGAACUCGCUGUACAAAUGAGCGAAGGAGAUACCUCUAAUGGUGUACCGAGUUCUGACAAAUGGGUACCACCCAUUCUGACAGCGGAAGAGAAGGCAGAGAUCGAUGGUCGCUCGAUCUACGUUGGGAAUGUAGACUACGGCGCCACGGCGGAAGAACUUGAAAAACACUUUACCGGAUGUGGCCCUAUCUAUCGUGUGAACAUCAUGUGUCAUAAAGUUGGCGGUCAGCCGAAGGGUUAUGCCUACAUUGAGUUUGGUGAGAAGGACUCGGUUGAAACGGCGCUUGCCAUGAAUGAUAGCCUCUUUCGUGGACGGCAGAUUAAAGUGAAUGCUAAACGUACCAAUCGACCGGGAAUGAGUACAACGAAUCGGUUCCCUCGGGGAUCACGAGGACGACGGUCGUUUGGAAUCGCAAGAGGGUGCAGUCACGGUGGAUAUCGUGGUGCAACACGUAGACCUGCUCGUGGUGGGUACCGCGGGAGAGCGACGUUCUUUGCUCCGUAUUAG